UCCAGGCUGCUUUAAGACUAAGCACUCAGAUCAGCUCAUCUUCAUUGGUCAUGAAUCCAUAGUUAAUUCAGACUGCCUGUGUGAGUGGGAGUGUCUUGCCAUAAGUUUUGCCGUCACUUGAUUGCGAUCGUUGUCGUGGAGUGGGGGGGCUGUACCACAGUCUGCCUGCCAUGUGGACUCUGCUGCUGCUGGUGGCGCAACACAAACCAUCCGCACACAUUGAGAGGGGAGCAGAGAGGCGGGAGGGAGGCGGUGCUGCACGGACAACUGCGUCCCACUCCUAAAGCAAACAUCUUCAAGUCCUCCAGCGCGGAGUUGUCAUUGCUCCGACAUUCACUUGAUCACAGCUUUGUUGUUCACGGCGGAGGAGAGCUGCGCGAGCGUCUGAGCUUCUAGGCCUCCAAGGAUGGACUCGAUACCUGCGGGGCGAGACUCCACUUCCUCGCCAAACUCCAAACAAGAACUUUCCUACCCGAGCACUAACUUGAAGCCCAACCAGGUCGGAGAGACGGUGCUGUACGGAAUACCGAUCGUGUCUUUGGUAAUAGACGGCCAGGAGAGACUGUGCCUCGCACAAAUAUCCAAUACCUUAUUGAAGAAUUAUAGCUAUAACGAGAUACACAACAGGCGUGUCGCGCUGGGGAUCACUUGCGUCCAAUGCACCCCUGUCCAGCUGGAGAUCCUGCGGAGAGCAGGAGCGAUGCCCAUCUCCUCCAGGCGCUGCGGGAUGAUCACUAAACGCGAGGCAGAGAGACUCUGUAAGUCCUUCCUAGGAGCUCACUCGCCCCCUAAACUUCCGGAGAAUUUUGCCUUUGAUGUGUCCCACGAGUGCGCCUGGGGGAGUCGAGGCAGCUUCAUCCCGGCCAGAUACAACAGCUCCAGGGCCAAGUGCAUUAAGUGCUCCUAUUGCAACAUGUACUUCUCCCCGAAUAAAUUCAUAUUUCACUCCCACCGCACGCCGGAGUCCAAGUACACGCAGCCAGACGCAGCUAAUUUCAAUUCUUGGCGGCGGCAUCUAAAACUAACAGAUAAAGGCAGUGCCAUGGAGAUUUUACACGCGUGGGAAGACGUGAAGGCCAUGUUCAACGGGGGGAGUCGCAAGAGGACGCUGCCAGGCAGUGGGUCCGGGUCUAGCUCUCCUUUGAAACCACACGAGCCCAGCCGUCCACAAAGCUCCCCGGAGAUCCCCGCAAAGAUCCUCAGCUGCGAGGGCAGCCGGGGUGCUAUGACGAGCACGCGCAGCUACCCGGUGAUCCCGGUGCCCAGCAAGGGCUUCGGGAUAAUGCAAAAGAUCCCACCGCCCCUCUUCCCUCACCCAUACGGGUUCCCGGCUUUCGGCCUGUGCCAGAAGAAAGAAGACGGCAUGAUGGGCGAGCAAAGCAAAGCCGGCCUCCCGGGUGUGCUGUGGCCUGCCACCAAGGACAGCGCCUACCACUCCUUCCCCAUGUUCUGGCCCGCGGCCGGCGCGCUGCCCAUGCCCCCAUAUCCCCAAACCCAGCACAAGCCCCCUCCAGAGCUGCUGUGUCCGCCCAGGCAGACUGACAUGGACAUGUCCGAGCACAGUGACCGCAGCACCAACACAUCGAAAGACAGCGCGGUCGAUAACGACCGAUGCUCCAGCACUCAGUCUCUGCGCAACGAAGAAGACAAGUCAGGGGACGAGGGGAGGCCGGCGGAGGGGGUGCCGCUCCAGUCCCGGAAAAUCAGCUACGUGUCGGCGUUCAGACCUGUCAUCAAAGACGCUGACUGCAUCGCCAAGCUGUACGGCAACAGGAGCGCGUACAACGGCUGUCGCACCGGUUACUUAUCGCCCGACUUUUUAAGCGAGAGCUCGAGCUACCGCUCUGUGUCCCCGUGCGUAGACAGCGAGGGCGAGCCAGACGUGGACGUGGAGACAAACAAAACGCAGGACGAGGAAGAGGAGGAGGGCUCCCGGCCUCUGUCUUCGGUGUGUCCUCGGACUCCCCUAGCUUUGACACACACCGUUUCACCACACGAUUCUGACUCUAAAGGCCUGCAGGAGAGCAGCCUGGUCGAUUCCCAGAAAACGAGCCUGCACGUGGCCCAGUCCUCUGAAAGAGAACUGCAGACCAAGCAGUUAUCAGAGAGCCACAUAGCUGCACCUUUCACCGAAGUUUACACACCAGAGAGGAGUGAGCUGCAACAAAGGAGCAGUCCGUAUCAAUUCAGAGCUGCGAAUUAUCCGCCUGGAGUAGGCCUACUUACAACAAACGAUGAGAGUGCAAGUAAAGAAGAGCCGUCUUCCACAGUGGAGGAGAUCGAAACGAAAUCUUUUAACGAACAAAGCAGCGAGGAGCACCAGCGAGAGCCGGAUGAAGGCGAGGACGCGCCACCCAGAACUCUACCAACACAAAGGGACAUACAAAGUCUGGCAAAAGAAGAGCUCCAAAAGCAGCUCUUGGAGCAAGUGGAGCUGAGGAAAAAGCUGGAACGUGAAUUUCAACAUUUAAAAGAUAAUUUUCAGGAUCAAAUGAAAAGGGAACUUUCCUACAGGGAGGAGAUGGUCCAGCAGCUUCACAUAGUCAGAGAAGCUCACGACGCUUUACACCAUUUCUCCUGUAAGAUGUUGACUCCUCGCCACUGCACCGGAUCCUGCUCCUUCAAAUCGCCUCUGCUACCACCGUGAAUCAGACACAGGGGCGCGAGGACACAGCUUCUGUUAAAAACCACACCACGGGAGAUUUAAAAACCACCACGGACACUCUGAGCCAAGCUGAAAGUAGUCUAAAGUGUAAUUACCUGUAAUAUUAAAAAAAAAAAAAAAAAAAAAAGUGGAUCUCCACCCUCAGCGUUUAUGUAUCUCGCAUACAGUGAUUUGUUUUAUUGAAAUUAUCCCAUCGAUUAUUAUUAUUUGUGGCAAAGUGCAAUGACAAUGUAUGUUUGUUGUAAAGGUGGGUUAUUAUUUCUUCUUCUUCAUUUUUUCCUCCCCCUAUCAACAAUAGCAGCUUUGAUAAGACGGUUCAUUGCUCCUUAUCCUCUCAGUAUUGUAAAUAAGCCUACUAAUUUUAAUGUGUUCUUCCAUGCAGGCCAGUAGCUUACCUUGGAUGUUAUGCACUUUAAAACGAGUGGUGGGAAUUACAGUAAAAAACAAAACAAAAUACAAAAAAGCCUCCGCGUUGAAAUACAGCAUAUUUAUUUCUGUAGCGGCCUAUUUGCUGUUGGAAAUUUGAAAAACACAGAAAUUAGUAGGCUGAAUUAGUGCAUCUGCGACCUUGUAAGCAGUGACAUAUCCUAUUAAGAAUAGCCUAUUCCUCCAUGUAAUAUUUGUUUUUGUCGCUAAUGAAUAAAUCAUUUUAUUUAAAGAA